CUGUCUAUCUAUAUAUAUAUAAAAGCACUCCUAAACUUUUGACUUUCUGGACCCCAGAAUAAUUUUUGCUUCUGAUGGGUACAAGUGGUGUUUUGGCAGUUAGGACAAAAGAUAGAAUAGAGCCUUUUUUCAUGCAAGUGCUUAAAAAUGCAGGCACCACUCAUGUCAGUUGUAAAUCUCCUGAUUUACAAAUGAAAGACAGUCCUUAUCAAUAAAUUUCAAGUGUUUCUUUGCUUCUGUGAUCCAGAAUAAGUAAUUCCAAGAGUAAGUAAUUGCCAAAGCCAUGGGAUAGAUAACAUAUCCAAGAGGAUUGGGUCAUUAGAAGCUUUUUUGCUGUUGAAAAAGUGAGUUAAUGUUGUUGGUCAUAUCAUAAAGUGAAUCAAAAUGUAGCUGAUAUUUUCCAUAGAUGAAUUAAUCUUCUUAAUUAAUCUUGUAUUUUCUUGUUCCUUUGGCAUGGUAGCAAUGUAAAAGAAAAAAACUUUUACUUUUAUUUUUCAGAGAUUGCCAAACCUUAAAAAAGACCUUUUUUCAUGAGUAAUACUAAAACGUGUCCAAUCUUUACUAGACCAGAGAGUCAAGCUCAAAUUUUUGUUGUAUAAAAACUGUAAGUUAUGUUGUCUUCUUUUUUACGGGUGUAUUUACUUUUAAGUGAUAGGAAAAGGUAGUAUCAAAAACAAAUAAGGAAGGAAAAAAACACACAUUCUUCAUUCCAGUUUGAAUAUAACAAACUAAAGUUUCAAUAAGUUGUUCUUUUCUGAACUGUUACUUAGACUAGGUACAUCUGUUUGUAAAGAAAAGCAUUAAUUCAGCAUAGUCCUGUAUUGAUGAACAAAUAAAACGGAAAAGAUACUGGUUUUGUGCCAAAAUCGAGAAGUACUGAGAUAACAACAGCAUAGAACUUAAACUGUACCAUUUGAAAAGACACGAGGGAAAAUAUAUGAAAAUAGCUAAGAGGCUUUCUCAGUAUUUGAGCGCUAAGGCUAGCUUGACAAAUUUAUUCUUUUGUAUGUUGAUUGCCUAUUUUUCUGAUCCAAUCUAGCUCACUUUUAACAGAAGACCCCUUCAAAGAAUAUCAGGGGGAUAGCUAUUCUGUGAGCAACAAUGAGCAUGUGAAGGUUGCUAUAAAAGCACUGCAGUAUCUUUGAUUUUCCUGUACUCAAGGAAGAGGAAGGAAAACAGCCAAAAACUUGACUUGAGGCCUCAGAAAGAUGUAGUUCCUUUUUUACUUCUUAAAAAGGUCUACAUAAAACCAUGGUGUAGUAGAAGGUGCACUACUACAACAGACUUGAUGUUGAAAACUAGCUACUGGCUUGUCUGAAAGCAAAUUACUGUUAUGUCUUCGCACUGAAUGAUUGCUAGCAUUUGACACUUUCUGUAGUGUCACUAAAAUACAAAUUAUUUUUUGACAUAAAAGCAAGUGUUUGACUUGGAAGGUUCCUGCUCUACAAAUUACUAAAAUGUAGGAGAGUUACUCCUUUGCACUGCCAGAAUCAGGGUGUGGAACUGCAAGGACCUUUAGUGUAGUGCAUUAGAACUAUUUGGAUGUUAUCCCUUUGAAAUAAAGAACUCCACUCACGUAGUGUAGCGCUGUACUGGGUGAGGGUGGAAACAUGGGCAUACACAACUUACACAACAAACACAACAGUAACAUUAGGGAACUAAAUUUGGCUGAAAAAGGCAAAUGAGAAGUGAAUCUCUGUGUGUUCCAAUGUUGUUAAAAUUAACUGAGAGCAUGCAUUGUGUUGUGAUGCAGCAUUUAUUAUGAUGGGCGUUAACCACUGCUGCUUAAUGCAAGAUGCCACCUCACUGGCCUGUUUUGAGCCCUCAGCUGGCCCUACAGCUUCCACGGGUAGAAUUAAGGAGCUUGUAGAACAAGUUAAUGCCAGACACAAACUGCUUACACUGAAAUGGUCUUAUGAUUGUUUUCCAAAUAGAAGGUGGCAUAAAAUAGCUGGAACGUAAUCAAGCAAGUAGGAUGUGCCUCAAAAAAAUAUAUAUACAGGUGCAUACCCUCUGUGGGUUUAGGUAAUAACUUAAACUAAAGCCAUUUAAAAGAUCUUAUUUUUGAGUAGCUUGAAAAAUGAAGAGUUAAUAUGGUUAAAAUGGAUCUCUAGAUAAUCAGUGGCCUUACAGAAGCUAUAGGGAAGAUGAAUGUUUCAUUCUGUUUAAAUCAAGUUAUCGUGGUGUCAUUAGAACUCUCAGAGGUUCAGCCUUGUGGAAGGAUUUAAAGGCAACACUUCAACAAUAAUCGGAUUAGAAGGACUUGCAUAGCUACAUGGUCUAAAAAACAGAUAAAAGAAACCCGAGUUCAAACUUGCCACAAAGAAAGGCAGUGAGCUGUGAGGUGCAGAAUCAACACACUGUUCUGAGACUUUGAUUUCGACAAUUACCCAAAGUAGGGAUGCCUGCAGAUUUCAAUGGUUACUGGAAAAUGAUCAGCAAUGACAAUUUUGAGGAGUAUCUGAAAGCACUGGAUGUAAAUGUUGCUGUAAGAAAAAUAGCAAACUUGCUAAAACCUGACAAAGAAAUCCUUCAGAAUGGGGAUCAUAUGAUCAUUAAAACGCUAAGCACUUUUAGAAACUACAUCAUGGAAUUUGAUGUAGGGAAGGAGUUUGAGGAGGAUUUAGCUGGGGUGGAUGAUCGCAAAUGCAUGACCACAGUAUCCUGGGAUGGAGAUAAGCUUCUUUGCGUACAGAAAGGAGAAAAAGAAGAUCGUGGCUGGACUCAGUGGAUUGAAGGAGAUGAAAUGCACCUGGAAAUAAGAGUCUGUGGAGUCAAGUGUAAGCAGGUCUUCAAGAAGGUGCAGUGAGCCUACUGCUGAUACAGAAAUGAAGAACAGGAGAAUUUACAGACUUGCCACCAAAUCUCCAAGCACAAGUAAUGACCAUCAAUGACAAGAGUAAACACAGAGAUGAAGAUUACAUUAGAACAGUUUAGUUGGAAUAAAAUAUUUUUUAAAAAUUAUUUUAAAGAAGUAAUUGAAAAUAAAACCCAUUAAAGUUACUGAACGUUUUAAAUGGGUGUGCACUGUAAUUCUUGACUACACCAAA